GUCAUCUCCUCCAUCUCACAUUUUCUUCUCAUAAUAAUUCAUGCAAGUCGCUAAAAAAAACCAUCCAUCUCCUACUAUUAAUUAGUACUCCCUAUUAAACACACACACACAACUUAACCCAAAAAUGAGCCGCCCUAUUAUGCUCAUGGCCGCCAUUGUAGCUAUAGCUUUAGCUUCUUCUCCAUCUUCUUCUCCAUUUGCUGGUGCAUCAGAUCCCUACAAUUUGCAGGAUUUUUGUGUGGCUAUCGAUGGUUCCAAGGCUAAUGGUACGUACGUGAUUAAAUAAAGUGUAGCAACACUUUCCUAAGCAAAACUUGAACUCCUAAAAUAAUGUGAUAGUACACUACAUAUAAACUUUUGUUGGUUGAUGACUUGCAGUUUUUGUGAACGGGAAGACAUGCAAGGAUCCAACGAAGGUCACGGCAGACGAUUUCUUCUUCGCAGCACGCCUACACAUGCCAAGAAACACGUCGAAUCCGAUGGGUGCAAAGGUGACGCCGGUCAGGGUGGAAGAACUACCGGGGCUAAACACCCUCGGGGUUGCGGUAGGUCGCAUUGAUUUUGCACCAAGAGGAAUCUCCCCGCCCCACACCCACCCUUUGGGGACGGAGGUCAUCGUGGUGGUGGAGGGCACGCUGUACGCCGGAUUCGUAGAUUCCAGAAACAAACUGUUCGCUAAGACGCUUCACCCCGGGGACGUUUUUGUGUUCCCGAAAGGGCUGGUGCAUUUCCAGUUGAACGUGGGAGGGGGCCGUGCCUCUGUAUUUGCCGGGUUUGGGAGCCAGAACCCAGGAGGCAUCACUACAGCCAAUUCUGUGUUUGCAGCAGAUCCUCCCAUUCUUCCAGAGCUUCUCUCUAAGGCAUUUCAAUUAGACAAGAAAGUGAUUAACCAUCUCCAAUCACAACUCUGUACGUACUCUUCCAACCCUGGGAGUCUUGCUUUGUGUGUGUACUGCUUGCCAUCUUGACAGCACCCUCAUCACAAGCUUGAUAUGUGUCACACUGCUCCUUGAGUAAAUACAUAUGAAACGAACAACCGCAAUCUAAUAUCCAAUGUGAUUUAUCUGGACUCCUUGCAGUUUUCAAAAACAAGUCCUUUUUGCUUGCUUGGCUCGAGCCUUCUCCAACUGCAGUCAUGAGUAAUUUUCUGUUACCUUUUUUCUACUUUGGAGAAUCCCUCUUCAAAUGAUCUUCCUCAUUGCAACUGUAACAUCAAAAUUUCCUACCACUCGAUUUGGAGCAUUGGGACACAUCCCACUUCUUUUUCAACUGUCUCAAUUACCGACCAACCUGUUUUACAACCAAAGCAUGAUCUUCAUUUGGAAACCUGUUAUUGCCCCGCCAGAUCAUGCUCAACCACCUCAUCAAUUUAAGGGUCUCUUGGAACAAGUUCGUAGUUACAAUGUAGUCAAAAUAAGAAGGGAAAGAAGCCAACAAAAGUAACACCUUGUCUUCAUCUGCAAUCUUUACAUCUAUAGAUUCCAACAUCGUUGUUAUACGGUUGAACUCGCUUAGGUGUCCAUUA